GCGGUAUUUUCUGUCAAAAUUGAAGUAACUUAAAAUCUGAGAUCGUUAAGUUCGUUUUAACAUUAAGUGGGUAUUUUUAUCUUAUUUGUAUUUUACAUAUCUGCGGAUCGAAUAUGCCACCUAAAAAAAAACCGGCCAACGGAUAUAAGUUUGCGGAAUCUCUGCCAAAAGGCACUGUUCUUACUGAUAUUGCCAAAAAGCAGUGGAGCUUGGGCCCUUCAAUAGGAAAAGGCGGCUUUGGGGAGAUCUAUAGUGCUCAAGCGAGUGAUUCAUCGAAUAACAAGUAUCCUUUCGUUCUUAAAAUAGAACCCCAUAGCAAUGGACCUUUAUUUGUUGAGAUUAAUUUUUAUAUUAGACAUGCCAAGGCUGCAGAUAUAGAGGAAUUUCAAAAGCAGAGGGGCUUAAAGUCAUUGGGAAUGCCGGUAUAUCAUGGGUCUGGUUCUCACGAAUAUAAUAAUGAAAAGUAUAGGUUUCUGGUGAUGGACAUGUUUGGAACUGAUUUACACAAAUUGUAUUUGAAAAAUAAUAAAAUGUUUCCCACCGAAACAGUAUUCCAGCUGGCCAUUCAAAUUUUGGAUGUGUUAGAAUACAUUCAUAGUCGAGGAUAUGUCCAUGCUGAUAUUAAAGCAGCAAAUAUUUUGUUAAGUGAAACACAAAGCAAGCAGGUGUACUUGGUGGAUUUUGGAUUGUCUACUAAAUAUACCCUUGAAAAGGACUUCAAACCUAAUCCUAAGAAGGCUCACGAUGGGACUAUUGAGUAUUUGAGCAGAGAUGCACAUAAUGGAGUACAAACGCGACGUGGAGAUCUGGAGAUUUUGGGUUAUAAUUUGAUUCAUUGGUUGGGUUGUGCUUUGCCAUGGGAAGAUAACCUGGGCGAUCCAAAAGAGGUGCAGAAAAGCAAGGAAGAGCACAUGCAGGACGUGUCAAAAUUACUUAAGGCUUGUUUUAAAGCCGCAACUCCUCCAAAAGCCUUAGUGGAUUUCUUGAAUUAUUUAACCACAAUGAAAUUCGAUACUGAACCUGACUAUAAAGAAAUUAGAAAAAAAUUUAUCUCCGGUGUCAAGGACGCGGGCGGAGCGGUGGGAGGGUCAUUGAAGUUUUCCAAAUCGAGAGGACAAUUGAAACGAAAAAGCGCAUCGCUUAAUAACAUCUCGGGCAAAAAAUCCAAGGAAAGUUCACAGGAACAAACCGUAAAAGUCAAAGCGUCAGUCAGAAGGAAAAAGGCCGAAAAGGUGGCGGGAGAGCAUGAAGAGGUAGUGAACGGUUACAGCGAUACAGACAUUCCAGUGGCAAUACCUGUUCGAAAACGCAACCCGGCAAAAAAGACUGAGAAGAAAGAGAAGAAGGCAUUGGAGGCAAAAGGGGAUGAUUUAGAGGGAUACACUGAUGCCAUGAAGGAGGUUUUGAAGAAAAUGCAAGAUGGACCAAAGUCAAAAACAAAAAAGACGUCGAAGCAACCGCCGCUGCGUGUGGCAGACGAUCUGAACACCGACGGUUACACAGACGAAAUGAAGGAAAUCGCGUUUAAGAAAAAAGCUCGCGACAAGCCCUCCCCAAUUGCAGUCGCAGGUACAAGCAAGAUGGGCCUCGUUAGCCAAUCGGCGAAUCCUAAUGCGCGAAAACUCAGAGAGAGGGCACCAGUUAAUUACAAACUUGAUUAGGUACUAAACUCCCUGGCCAAAUAAUUACCAGUUACUUAGCGCAAAGAAGAGUGUGUUGUUUCUUUUUAAGUACAAUAAAAUUGUUUUCCUCGGUUUUUAGUGGUUAUUUGUCAUAAUUUUUUUUAAAUGUUUUUUAUACAGUAUUGUUUUAUAUUUAAUUUAGUGGAUUCCAACCGUGCCUUGAAUAAGACUGCAGUAAUGUUAUUUUUUUAAGGUCAGUUUAAAUUAUUAAUUGAA